AUGCCGCAGGCGAGCGCUUAUUAUCGCGUAGACAAGCCGCUUCUUUCGCAUCUCCAGACGAGUUAUACACCACAGAUUGUAGUGGCUGGCAAUGGCAUUGAUCAAGUCCAAUCUAAUGAAGUGAUCAAUCACAUUGAACAGCAACAUGACGGCGACACAAUCAAAGUCGAACGCGGCCCCGAGUUCAACUAUGCGAAUAACCUGAAUCAGGACGAGGUAAUCCGGGAGCUCGACGAGAUCAUAGAUAGCGCCCGCCUAGCACCCACGGAAGAGACAAAAGCCAUUAUCCGUGAUCUGACUGCCUGGGCUGGACAACCACCAGUGCAGCCAAUUCCACGUCUCCCAUGCCCAUUUAUUAUUCCUCAACGACGGCCCAGAAAGCGUGGACGCGGAUUUGUGCGUGCAUGUGCACCUGUUCUCGCGGAUUGCGGUGUUAGUGAGGGCUUGUUUUUGCAACUGCUAGAGGAUUACGAUCGUGUUAACGAGGCCUCGCACUGGAUCGAAGUAUUCUACAUCGCCGGUAGUGUGUUAUCCUUAGUUCCCAACCUCGCGGCACAAAUCACCAGUGCCGUGGUACAAGUAGUGGCUGACAGAGCUCGAGAACUACAGAAGCGCCACCGCUAA